AUGACCCUCAAAUUACUACAAAAAGCGUCAGCCAUCAUCAACCCCGAAUCCUCAACGGCAGACGACUGGUUUCAUGAUCCCGCGCCCGGAAACUCCUGGGGCAUGGGAAUGGCAAUCCAGACCUGCGAAACCGACAACCUGCGCCGGAAGGUAGAUCAGAUGAGCGAGAAGCUUGACAAGUUGCUCAAGCAGAAUGAAGCAUAUCACGCGACAAGUGAUGGGGUCGAGACUGGCCAGGAAGAUACUUAUCAGGAAAGAGAUGGCUGGGUAACGAACCCGAAUGAUGAAGAUUUGGGGCAGGACGAAGAGGACGAUGGUUGCCAGGAUGAUAACUAUGAGAACUCGUGGGUGGGUGAGGACGAAAUGCCGGAGCUGGCGAGUGUGAACGGUGACUUAGGUGUCCUCCGACACGAGGGGACGGCUGAAGAGGGUUCGCCGGAACGUGUGGAUGCCGAUGCAAGCCUCAGACACGAGGUUGCUUUGUCCAAGGCUUAUCAUGAACUUGAUGAACGACGCGACCAGGUGAAGUUUCUCCAAGCGAAAGUGGCUGGUUUGUGGUACGAGAAGCAUCAGCUAGCCCGGAAGGUAAAGAAGCUCGAAGGGAAACGGGACGAUUCAACCCCAUCAAGGCAUUAUUUCCUCUCAAGCUACAAGUUGCAGAAGCUUCAUCGUGGCCUGACUGCAGAUGAAUGCGAGCACCUUCUUCAUGCAAGCACCGAAGUCCCGAGUGGGGACGUUCUGGCUGACAGCGAGCUGUAUGUCUUAGGUGAUCGGAAGGACUACGAUGUCUUCGUGAAUCUCUAUGGAGUAGUGCCGCAGGCUGUUCCUUCACUGUUGAAGCACACGAUCGAGCUGAUAAAUGCGCACGCUACUACCCUGGCCUCGAAGCACAAGACCUGUACACCGACGUUUGAGGAUGGUUUUGCGCGCUUCAUCAAAAAUCUCCAGCGCACCGGGUAUCCGGAAGACUAUCAUGUUGGGUUCACGGAUGACGUGGGCAUUCCAAAACUUCGGUCAAGCUACACAGCUUUCAGUGAUGCCCUUCACAGUGAGGUCCGUGACGCUUCCCAGACCGAGGUGAUGAAUGGGCCGGAAGAGAAACAACCUGUUUGGUAA